AUGAAUGUCUACGAAAGUCAGCCACAAGAGCAUACUAGUAAGAAAUGCGCUAAUUGGGAAGAACAGUCCAAUUGUCAGAAAAGGUUACCAAAGCAUAAAUGUAGCUUCGAUUCGCUCGGUUUUGCUGUUAGCGAUGUAGUUGGAUCGACCAACUUGGAUUAUCCUUGUAGCCAGCGAAGCCAGACUAACCAGAAAUGAUCUGGAGUAAUGACUGCUGCAAGACAACAAAGAGUCUCUAGACGUACACCAGAAACUGCAAAAGCACAACCAGCGCUGAGAACACAUCAUGAUAAAACUCGUUAUAGUCGAAGUUUAAAAGAAGCAUCAAAUUCAUAG